AUGUCAACGAACCAAACUCUUUCUGCUCCAGUUGCGGGAGCAAAAUAUUUCAAGUUGAAGGCCGAGUCAAUGCUUUCUAAAACGAAAGCCUUUGAGAAGGCCCUGACUGCCGACAAGCUCCAGGAAAUGAGCGAGAAGGAAUUGGAACUUCGUGUUCAACGCCUGGACGAGAUCAAGACUGCCUUUUGCCAGAUCCACGACAGACUUGAGCAGCUGGACUUUGAUGAAAUUGGUAGUGUGGUGCGCGAUGACUUCGAGGAGCUUUUCAUCUCAACAAAAACAAAAUUGAAUGUUGAAUUGCGUAAGCGAAAAGGGACCAAGCGUCAUAGCCCUUUGCACCCUGGCUCUCGGCCUUCGUCCGAGGUUCAGCGAGCUCCCGUGGCGGAACUAACCUUUUUAUCCGUUCGAACGAUGCAUCAAUUGGCGAGUGAUGAGAAGAGAGGGCAAUCAACACAGGAGGUUCUCGAAAUCAACGACGUCCGUGAUCAAAUUCCUGACUUGGAAAAGGAAACAUUUCGGAAGAUAGACGAUAGCAGCACCACGACGCUCGGUCUUGCCUGUGACCCUGUAGCGGAUGUUUCUCGUUUUUCCCUUUCUUCCAUACAGGUCUCUCCAAAGCCAUCUGCCAAGGCCAAAAUCUUCCUGCAACAAGUCUGGAGAGAAAGGUUGAAGUGUGAUAAGAGCUCUCCUGUUGUCCUGUUACCAUCUGACAUGGGUCGUACCCAUCAAAUGGAGAUUCUUCGACGUGCGUUGGAUCCAGAUGCUGAUGGCGAACGAGAGGUGCAUCUACUUUUUUCAAAGUCUCGUGUGGCACCUCUUACGGUUUCCAAAUUGGAGUUCUGCACUGCCAUGAUACUAGCCCAGCUGAUGCGGGACGUACGCAACAUGGAUCUUUUCGAUUGCCCGUUUUAUUGCUGGUCGGAUUCCGCUGUAGCUUUAUCAUGGAUAAGCGAUGAGCCUUCACGUUUCCAAGUAUUCAUUGCUAAUCGAAUUUCUUUAAUUCAAGAGCUAUCCGGCGGCAUGAAUUGGCGCUAUGUACCGAUUAACUGCAAUCCAGCCGACAUCUUUUCAAGAAGUGCUUCCCCGACUGAGCUUCUGGAAUUUGCCCUUUGGUUCAGAAGCCCAGCGUUUCUUCUCAAGAAUCAGCACGAUUGGCCUGAAUCUUGUUUGCCUGCGAAGACUCCUCCCGAGUUCAGAAAGGGCAUUUUGGUUGGCGUCUCUACCAAAGUGGAUCUACCCUUAAAACGCAAUCUCGUGAAUUCCUGUCAAAAGAUGACCCACACUUUCGGAUUCGAAUACAAAUUUGCACGCCGUAAAAGACGUCCUGGUCUUGCCGUCAAAUAUGUCAAGAUGGGCACUCAGAUACUCAUCAGAUGUAUCCAAAUGAGCAACCUGGCUGAUGACUACUGGAGACUGCAUUCUAAGCAGCAAAUUUCAUCAUCCAGCCCGUUGUCCUCUCUAUUGCCAUUCAUCGAUAGCUUCGGUCUGAUGCGAGUUGGUGGCCGUCUACAGAAUUCGUCCUUGGAUUACAAUGCGCAGCAUCCUGUCAUACUGCCACGCCAGCAUCCAGUUACACGUGCCAUUAUACUGGACCUGCAUCGGAGGAACUUGCAUUCUGGUCCACGAGCUCUGCUCGCUCACAUGCGCCUUCAGUUUUGGCCGAUAGGUGGCCGGAAAACAGUGUCAGCUGCAACGUCAAAAUGCGUCAUAUGCUUUCGUGCCAAGCCACAGCUUUCUCAACACAUAAUGGCUGACUUGCCCAAUGAUCGCGUAAACGCCACGUCUACGUUCAUGGUUACUGGUCUGGACUUCUGCGGUCCAUUUUAUUACAAAACCGGAGUUCGAAGCAAGGUGCCUGUGAAAACAUACGUCUGCGUUUUCAUCUGUUUCGCGACGAAGGCGAUCCAUCUGGAGCUUGUCCAGGAUCUUUCGACACAAGCAUUUUUGGGAGCACUGAAGCAGUUUAUUCUCACCAGAGGCAAACCUGUCCGAAUAUGGUCGAAUAAUGCCACGAACUUCGUUGGAGCCAAGAACGAGCUAGCUGAGCUGAAGAAUCUGUUCCUAUCGAGCCCCCACAUUCGAGCGAUUGAAGAAUUCUGCCUGGAAGAUUCCAUUGAGUGGCGUUUUAUUCCUCCUCGUUCACCUCACUUUGGAGGUCUCUGGGAGGCUGCAGUAAAAACGGCAAAAUUUCAUUUCUACCGUUCUGUUGGCCCAUCGUUAUUAUCGUUCGAUGAAUUGCGCACUCUCAUUUGCCACAUUGCGGCGAUUGUAAACUCACGGCCUUUACUCCCUCUUUCAGAGAAUCCGGCAGAUCUUGAGGCGCUAACUCCUGCACACUUUCUUGGAACAGUUCCACUGUUGUUGUUCUCUGAGCCUGACGUCACAAAGCUUAACUUCAACCGUUUGGACUGCUGGCAGAGAAUUUCCUACUUCCAACAAAUCUUCUGGUCACGGUGUCGUGAAGAGUACUUGACCCUGUUACAGCAAUGGUCAAAGUGGCGCACUCCCAAACCUGCGCUACGAGUCAACGAGGUCGUCUCCACUUUGCCUUCAUUGAAAUGGCCAAUACCCAGGGUCAUGGAAUUGGUGCCUGGAUCCGAUGGAGUCGCUCGUGUAGCAGUGAUACGAAUUUCAACUGGAGUCACUCGCAGAGCUGUCCGCAAGCUGUGCGUGCUGCCGAAGCUGGAUCUGGUUGAAAGCCCUGGUCUUCCAACGGGGGGACCUUGGACCAAUGCCCCAGCGCCCGAGUCGACAAAGUACGGCAUGAAUCCCCACGCGAUCGAAGGCUCUUUCAAAAUCCGUCGCCAGGAUGGAGACGUGGUUUCUGAUCGAAAGAGCGUUCGAUGCGAAGUGUUGGAUACGCAGUAA